CGGUAUUUCCGCCGCCUCCAUCUUGUCAGAAUACCGGCCAACCGCUCGUCUCUUCUCUGCAGCAGAAACUUACCUGUUCCUCGGUCCAGCGCUAUACAGUCCGCAGUCUCUUGGUCAUCCCAUGUACUGUCUGCAGUCUCUGGUCAUCCCCUGUACUGUCCGCAGUCUCUUGGUCACCCCCUGUACUGUCCGCAGUCCCUGGUCAUCCCCUGUACUCUUCGCAGUCUCUUGGUCAUCUCCUGUACUGUCCGUAGUCUCUGGGUCAUCCCCUGUACUGUCUGCAGUCUCUGGUCAUCCCCUGUACUGUCCGCAGUCUCUGCUCAUAUCCUGUACUGUGUCCGCAGUCUCUGGUCAUCUCCUGUACUGUGUGUCCGCAGCCUCUGGUCAUCCCCUGUACUGUGUCCGCAGCCUCUGGUCAUCCCCUGUACUGUCUGCAGUCUCUGGUCAUCUCCU